GAAGCCUUUCAGAGACCCUUUCAGUACCUUAAGCGGUUUCACAAAGGUGAAAACAUUGACACUUUUACUUACUGCGGCACUGAAGGAAGCCAUGUUGAGUGUCUGCAGUUGUUCUUUUUCUACUGUGGUAUAAUAGAUCCUUCGUGGUCAGAGCUGAGGAACUUUGCCUGGUUCCUGAAUUUGCAGCUAAAAGACUGCGAGACAUCUGUUUUUUGUGACUUCAAUUUCACUGGUGACACUUUACAAGGUUUUAAAAACUUUGUAGUUGACUUCAUGAUUCUUAUGGCAAAAGAUUUCGCAACACCUUCUCUCAGUAUUUCUGACCAAAGCCCUGGGAGACAACAGUUUAACUUCGAUAGGGUCACGGAAGAGGACCUUGCUCCAUUCCGUAUCAGAAAGAAGUGGGAGACGGAACCACACCCAUACAUCUUUUUCAAUGAUGACCACAUAUCCAUGACCUUCAUCGGCUUCCACCUCCAGGUGAAUGGCAAUGCAGUUGAUGCAAUUGACCCUUCGACUGGCAGAAUUAUUAAGAAAAACAUCAUGACUCCACAGCUCUAUGAAGGUCUUAGGCUUCAGAGAGUGCCGUUUAAUAUCAAUUUUGAUGAACUCCCGAGAGAGAAGAAGAUACAGUAUCUUUGCCAUGUGCUUGGAGUUCUGUGGCCCAUGGACCCUGAUGAGACCUACGAACUCACCACAGACAAUAUGCUGAAGAUGCUUGCCAUUCACAUGAGGUUCAGGUGUGGUAUCCCUGUCAUAAUCAUGGGAGAAACUGGCUGUGGCAAGACCAGACUUAUCAAGUUCCUUUGUGAACUGAGGAAGUGUGGUGCCCCCAUGGAAAACAUGAAACUUGUAAAGGUUCAUGGAGGGACAACUGCAGAAAUGAUUUACUUGAAAGUAAGGGAAGCAGAAUCCAUCUCGUGCGUCGGUAAGCAAGACUAUGGCUUUGACUCUGUCCUGUUCUUUGACGAAGCCAACACAACCGAAGCUGUAAGCAGUAUCAAAGAAGUCCUUUGUGACAAAACUGUAGAAGGAGAACCUUUGGCUGCCUCCACAGGUCUGCAGAUUGUGGCUGCAUGCAAUCCCUACAGAAAGCAUACAGAUGAAAUGAUAGGACGCUUAGAAAUGGCAGGUCUGGGUUACAAGGUUGGAGCAGAAGAGACCGAAGACAAACUGGGAUCCAUUCCUCUGCGGCAACUUGUUUACAGAGUGCAGGCAUUGCCUCCAAGCAUGAUUCCUUUAGUGUGGGACUUUGGACAGCUUAAUGAU